AUGAAUCCCAGGCCCAAACACAGAUCGCCGCCGCUCUCCGCCGCUUAUCUCCCAUCUCCGCCCCUAUCGCCGCCUCCCCACGGCACCAAAGCGUUCGCUUCGAAGAUGCCUCGAAAAUCCCUCACGAGACCCGCCCUCGCCAUCGCCGUCCUCCUGGUCCUCCUAACCCUAUACACUUUCCUCCUCUACGCCCCUCCCAAUUACAGCACAAACACCUCAAUCAAUUUAGGCAACGAUCGCAGGUUUCGUUCUCCCGGCGAUGGGGAGGUGAGGAUUUUCAUGUACGAUUUGCCGAGGAGAUUUACGUACGGAGUGAUCGAGAGCUACGCAGCGGCGCGUGGUAGACGAGCUGCGGAGGACGAUACGCAUCUCAAGUACCCUGGGCACCAGCACUCCGCCGAGUGGUACCUAUUCUCCGACUUGAAUCGUCCGGCUGGGGAGAGGGUGGACUCAGCCGUGACUCGGGUCAUGGACCCUGAAGAAGCUGACCUUUUCUACGUGCCCUUUUUCUCCUCAUUGAGCCUCGUCGUGAAACCGAUCCGACCCGUUUCGAAUUUCUCACAAGAUGGGGCUGUUUACAAUGAUGAGCAAACCCAGGAAGAUUUGAUGGAGUGGCUUGAAGAACAAGUGUACUGGAAGAGGAAUAAUGGGUGGGAUCACGUAUUUAUAUGUCAAGAUCCAAAUGCUCUAUAUAAAGUUAUCGAUAGGGUGAAAAAUGGGGUGCUGUUAGUUUCUGAUUUCGGGAGGUUGGCUCAAAAUCAGGCUUCCCUAGUGAAAGAUGUAAUUCUCCCUUAUUCCCACCGGAUUAAUACAUACAAGGGUGAUGUCGGUUUGGAGAAUCGUAAAUCCCUGCUCUUCUUUAUGGGAAAUCGGUACCGUAAAGAGGGUGGUAAGAUUCGGGAUAUGCUUUUCCAAUUACUGGAAAAUGAAAAAGAUGUUAUUAUCAAGCACGGGGCACAAUCUAGGGAGAGUAGACGUGCAGCAUCACAGGGAAUGCACUCGUCGAGAUUUUGUUUACAUCCAGCUGGCGAUACUCCAUCAGCUUGCCGACUUUUUGAUGCUAUUGUGAGUUUAUGUGUUCCGGUUAUAGUGAGCGACUACAUCGAGUUGCCUUUUGAAGACGUUAUAGACUACCGAAAGAUUGCCAUUUUCGUUGAUACAAACACAGCUGUUAAACCGAGAUAUUUGGUAAAAUUGCUUAGAAGAGUGAGUCCAGAGAAGAUAUUGGAAUUCCAGAAUGAAUUGAAAAAGGUGAAGAGAUACUUCGAAUAUGAGGAUCCAAAUGGGACAGUGAAAGAAAUAUGGCACCAAGUUGCUUCAAAGCUGCCUCUUAUUAAACUUAUGAGUAAUCGUGACAAGCGCAUUGUGGUUCGGGAUUUGGCCGAACAAGACUGCUCUUGCCUCUGCUCGAACCAGUCCGGGAUUCACACGACUCUUUGA